AUGCCAAGACGCUCCUUCGUCAAGUCGGUCCUCGGCCGUCCCUCGCGCAGCUACGCAAAGGAGGCGGUCUCACCGUGGUCCGACGAGCCAAGCUAUCUCAACGGUACACUCUCCCGACAGCCUACCCUGCAUGAUCUGCAACUUUCGACUGGGCCGCGAAGAGGCGGCUCACUCCUGAACUUUGGCGGUCCGACAUACAGUGAUAUCGCCAGUCCGCCAGCGUCCGACAUUGGUAUUCCCUCCUCGUCCCGCCGACGCCCACGGAAGGCGAGCUCAGACAUUGGGUACCAACCGUCGUCGAUGCCCAGUUACUCGAUCUUCCAUGUCAGUGGCAGACCGAUCAUCGAGGACGAGCGGGAGACGGCCUCCGAAUACUCCGAGGUCAGCGAGGCCUGCCAGUAUGUGCCGCCAGCCGUGGUGAACCGACAGCCGAUACGCGCGCAACCGCAAAGACCACAGGAACCACCGCAGAAGCCAAAGGUUCGACACACUCAUUUUGCAGACAAGGUAGAGUACAUGGAGGAGCCAAGAGAGCCGCCCCAACUGCGCAAGAACAGCAACUCUAGUUCUGCCUCCUCGGACACACAAACGUCCAGUGCGACUGUUUCUGCCAUACACUCGCCGACCUCAUCCAUUACCGUGGCCGCGCGACCAUUAGAAGCGGAACGCAAACCAUCACCCCUUGGUGGAGGGCGGCGAAACGUGCUUGACACUACGGGCGCGAUCCCUGGGCCGGCCAUCCCGGCUUCGACGAAACCAACGAAAGAGGUUAGGUUUGAGGCACCGCCGUCUCCUCCAACCCCACCGACACGAACAGUCGAGCCUGCACCUGUCGCUCCAAGUGACGACUCGCAAGCACCAGAGCGGCGGCCAACAGUGAACGGCAGUGUCUCAACAUCUACUGGAGCAGUGAACAACCAGGUGUCUGCGCCACCAGUCUCAGCCGACGCUCCUCGGCCACACCAUGCCAAGUCGGGAUCAACGGACUCAAGUAAUGACUUCUACACGCCGCGGUCUUCCCUGGAGUCGGCUCGCUCCGGGGGCACGGAGUCGGACGCCGAAACCCCGCUAGCGCAGUACGCCGAGAUGCCGUUACCAGUCUUCCGGGUGCAGCCACCGACGCCGGGUGCCUCCUCCGAUAUGUCUGAACCGAGGUACUUGAGCGACACUCCUGAUGAUCAUCUGGCAGCGGAGCCUGUACCAAGGAGCCACAAUCUCCAGGACGAGGACACGAUAGAGGAGGAGACGGAAACGGAGACCGAAAGUGACAGCCGUGAUGAUCACGGGAAUCGAGAAAUCCACGAGAUUCACACCUUCGACACCCCAUCCACGUACGACCUGGCUUCUAUGCCGUCGGCGCCUGUCCGACCACCGCUCCCUCGCAAGAGUUCGAAGCGACCGGAGGUGCAUAAGGCGGACGAGCCGGUCACACCCCAAUCCAAGCCUAAACUUGCCCGAAACCCUUCCUCAUCUUCGACCAUUUCUCGAGGAGGCCGUGUCACGGGCGCGACAGUCACCAUCUUGAACGAGCGCCCGAACAGUCGGAACUCGGGACGCCCUAACCUCACUCGAUCCAGCAGUAAUGCCUCCAAUUCCACAGUCACUCGACCGAAGUCGUCUCAGUCCGCUCGCAAGAGCAAACAGGAGCGCCCUACGAAGCUCCAAUUACACGCCAGGUUCGACCCGUCGCCCCCUUCCUCCCGGCCUGUCUCGAGGGCUUCAUCUGCGUCGCAUUAUUCCCAGAACUCGGACCAGACAUCUUCCUCGCGACCGAAGCUGGGCUCCGAAAUGUCAUACAGUUCGUCCGUCUCCCAACUUUCCCAAAAGUCUGGGCAGUCCAGUGGUUCCAUUCCCGGCUCAACGUCAUCUCGCGGUGCGAAUGGAAAGGGUGGCUGGGCGGCCGCGUCUGCCACGCCGGUAGUCAUGUACAUGCCUUCCGGAGGGAAUGACGGGUGGGCCGCUUUCCAGCCGUUACCUCCACGCUCUCGGGCUAUGCCUCUCCCGGGCUCUCACCGAACUUACGAGCGCGAGUCGCCAUCUGUCUCAGCGGCUAGCAGCAGUAUCGGCGGCAGUGCAGGCGGCAGCGUUGUCGAAGACUCUGAGGAACACCCCAGCUAUAACGACUACGCUGGUCCGCUCUUCGUCCCCAACAGCAUUCCGCACAGCGCCAGCAUGCCUCUCCCUCGCGCAAUGAGCCCACCAAUGGCUGCCGCUGGGUCACCGCUGAGCUCCGAGUUCCCCGUGAAUGGCCGCGCCAUAGUCUCGCCUGCGCCAGUACGACUGCCGCAGAAAUCUAUGCCUCCUCCUGUCCUGGAGCCGCCAGCGCCUGCUCCGCCACCUGUCGCAGCGCCUGCAGCGCCCGUCGCGCCACCUCCCGUGGUGGAGGAAGAGAGCGACAGCGACAGUAGCGAUAGCAGCGACUCCAUGGAGAAGCCUUCGCGGAGCUACAUCAACACGCCCCCUGGGUCAUUGCCUUCGGAACGGCGCAAUGGCACCGCUGUCGCCCAUCGCGCCGCAUCGCCUGUAGGAUCGAUUGCUUCGAUCGCAUCACUUAACCGCGAACGUAGGCGGUCGCUUCCUUCGUCCGGUAGCGUCUCGUCAUCCAUGUCUGGGAGGUCGGUUCGCAAGUCGUGGAUGCCCCCUGGACCCGUGCCUCCCGUCCCGCCCAUUCCUGCGUCGAUAGCGUCGACAUUGUCCCGUCCAUCGGCGCCUCCUUCCAUCGCCUCGGACGGUCCUGACUUCUCGAGGCCGCUGAGCCCCAUGACGCGAGCUUCGCUCGACCGGCCCAGCUCGCUGAACCCAGAUGUCCUGACUCUGUUGCCGGAGAUGACAGAGGAGGACUCGAACACGCUGUACAGCUCGGGCAAGCAACACCGCAGGACGGCGUCGGAGAUUGGUGGGGUCGUUCGUAGGACUUCCAUGUUCGGUCGAAACCCGCGCCAGCCCAAGAUCAGCAAGGCUAUGAGUGACGUUGGUGGCCACCACCGCACCGCGAGCGACGUUGGGCACGACCUCCGGGCUGCGAAGACUGAGGUGCCCGUUGGCUACGCUCGAAGCGAGGGUGGCGGCAGCAUUGUCGGUCGUCCCUUUAGCCCAACCCACUCUCUGCGUCGGAAGCAGGACGGCACCAUCGAUCUGAAUGGCUGGGACGCUGCGAGCAACGCGGCCGAGAUGCCGAUUAUGGAGAGCCACGGCCGCGGCCACAACGCGACCAACGGAUACACCAGCCUAAUCCUUCCUCAGGGUGGCGGUUACAAGCCCGCUGACCCCAUGAAAGCGGCCGGCUCCAUCGACCACCGUAUCCUCGGCAUGCCGACCGGAGCCAUGGGAGCAAUCACAUUCCAAUCGUCUGCGUACCUGAGAGCGAAGAAGUCCAAGGAGGCGCCGACGCCGAAGCACUUGCAGCAGUUCCUGCCUUCCCCCGUCGACUUCUCAUCGCACAUGCAGCCUCCUACGAAGGUGGCCAAGCACCAGAUCCUGCUGCAAGUGUACGCUGUCUCGGUCGACGCCGUGGACAUCAAGGCGUGCGACUUGAAGACGGAGUCGGAUGUUGGCAAGUUCAUUCCUGGACGCUCGUUCGUCGGCCGUGCCGUUACUGUCGGCACGGACGAGGGCGAGAUCUUCCGCGGCGACAUGGUCAUGGGCCUAGUCGACGUGCGCAAGUCUGGCGCGCUCGCCGAGUACAUGGUCGUGGAGCGGCGGCGCGUCGCCCGAGUCCCGCCCAGCACGCAUCUCAGUUUAGAACAGCUGGCAAUCCUGCCUUCGCAGGGCAUCAGUGCCUUCCGCGCGCUGCAGGGCUGCAUCUCGGGCGUGCGCACCGCGCUCAUCAUGGACGCGCAUCUUGGUAUUCCCGCCCUGCUCUGUCAGCAGAUGCGCCGGCAGGGUAUCAGCGUCACGGCAGUCAUCCCCGGCGGCGACGAGCACGCCGAAGCCCAAAAGCAGGCGUACGACAACGGUGCCCGCGGUUGCAUGACCGGGCUCCCGUCGCAGGUGAUGAACUCGCUCGAGGAGGGACUCUUCGACAUUGUCGUGGACACGCGCGGCGGGGACAAGACGUACAGCGCUGCGGUCCGCGUGCUCGCCGAGGGAGGGCUGAUCAUCUCGCUCGCCGGCCCGGCACCCGAGAAUGCGCGCGGUGUUCAGCGAAAGGGCGCGUUCAAGCGCAUGUUCUCGCGCGCUCCCCGCCCGCCCCGGUUCGAGGAGAUCCGCCCAGCGGGCGACGGAGAGGCCGAGGUCGACCACUCGGGCCAGGACACGAGGGAUGUGCUCGAGCAGCAGGUCGUGGGCAUGUACCGUCCCGUCGUUGGCAGUAUCGUGCCCCUUGAGAAGGCGCCGGAGCUCUUCGUGUACAAGCCCGGAACGGAGGAGAGGCUCCGCGCCAACGUUGUCCGCAUCAUCAACUAA